AUGCCAGCUGAAAUAGCAAGAGGCAAGAAAUAUUAGCAAUAACAUAUUAAUAAUGAUCUUCCAACAAAGGAUGAGCUAUUUAAUUAGCUAGGAAUUAUGCCUGACGAUGACUCGGUUAGAGCUAAUGAUCAUAGAGGAGAUCAUCUUAGAAUUUCUAAAUAAUUGAUAUAAGAAAAAGUAAGAGACUAUUUUAUAUCAAUUUAGUAAGAGUAAUUGAAUUAUUUGCCUCCUAAACCUCCAACUCCUUUAGUGAUUAAAUAGAAAGUAAGUAAUUAGAGACUGACUUCUUAAGAAUUAGAGAAAAUGCUAGAGGAGCAUAGAUAAUAAAUGCGUCCCAUAGCUGAGUAAUAUGAGUAAAUGAGGUUGAGUGAUGUAAGAAGUAAAAGUUACAAUCCAAAAAGUUAACGAUCUAAGAGUCCAAAAGUUAAAGUGACUUAUCAUGAAGAACCAAUUAAUAUAGAUAAAUUGAGAGUAAUUAUUAUUUUUAGUUAUAAUUUUAGCGUUCUUAAAAGGAUAUUGAAGGCCCACAUGGAGAUUUUUUAAAAGGUGUAUUACCUAAACAAAAAUUAUAAAAAUUCAAAUCUGAAUCUAAAUUGAUAUCUGAUGAUGAUUUCUAGAAGAAAUUCAAAAAUUAUUUGAGAAAUAAGAGAAAACAUGAUUCUAGUAGAAAUAGUUCUUAAGAGAAAUUAGAAUUUGAUUUGUAUUAAAGUACAAGUCCAAAUAGAGGAAGAUGGAAUUAAAAACAUAUAAAUAAAGCAGUAUUUAAAGAUAGAAGUGUUUUAGGAAAUGAUUCUUCAUUAAGUAAAAGUAAGAGUAAAAGUAAAAGUAAGAAGGAUAAGAAAAAGGAUUAAUCAAUGUCAGAAUAAUAAUUAUGUGAAUAAAUAUUCAAAUAAAUAGAUAAUGUAAAUAAUUUAUAAUUAUUAUAAAUAGAAAUAAGUAGGUCUUAUUGAUAAAAUCUAGACAAUUAAAUACUUGAUUUCUAAUCCAGAAAUUAUGGAAGCUUUUAAUAUUAAUCCUAAAGAUUUAAAUCAAUAAGUGAAUAAAUUUCCAACAAAAUAAUAAGGUGUUUUCACAUAAAAUGAAUUUACAAAAUUUUUAUAAAAGUACAAAAGUUAAUAUGAUCAUGAAGCAUUUGGUGGAUUGAGUCAUGUUUCAUAAUAAUAGUAAGUUUCAAGUUGUUUAUUGAAUGAAGAUUAAAUAUAAAUUCUGAAGAAUAUAUUUGAUACAUUAUAAAAUGAUAUGAUUGCUUAAAGAAAAGAACUCAUAUAGGCAUUUCGUAAUGAUAUAUAAGUAGUGAGAAUGUUGCAUGUUUAAGCAGCAUAUGUUGCAGCAAUUGAUAAAAUUCUUAAUUUAGAAACUAUCUUAUCAUAAUUAGAAGCCUAAGCAUUUGAAUUUCCUUAUAUUUCUUGGAAACAAUUUAUGGAUGCAUUUGAAUAUGAUGCUAUGGUAAGCAAAUAAUAAUUAUCAUUUGCUACUCUAAAGGAGUCUUAAAAAUAGGUGGAUGAUUAAGAUAGAAUUGAUGCUCCUGAAGAAUUAUAAUAAUUGAUGAAAGAUUAAUUCAAUAAAAUUGUAAUGGAUGAUUAUGUAACAGCUUUUGAUCUUAUUGAAUGUAUUAGAAGAGCACCACUCUAUUCAUAAUUAAGAAAAUAAAUAAUUAGAAAACAAUCAAAAAAAAGUGAUAUCAAAGAAGAAACUUUAGAGUAAAUAUUGAAAAGAAUUGAAGAAACAGCAGAGGAAUAUUUAACAUUUCAAGAGUUUAUGAGUUAUUUUACAAGAAGAGGACAACCUAAAUUUAAUGAAGAAGUAGCAAGUCUAGCUAGAAGUGUUAAUGUAACUGAGGCAUUAUAGAAUAAUGAAAAUAGAAUAGAUGGUUAUGAUUCAGAUCCAGAAUUGCACACUUAUUAGGAUAAGAUGUUACCUAGAGAAAGAUUAAUAAAAAAACAUCCAAGUUAAUAAGCAUUAUUGACAUAUUCUCAUCGUAAAAAAUCAUUACCUUCUAAAACACCUAUUACAAAAGAAGAUUUCUUAUCUGCCAUCUAACCUAAACCAUAAUAUGGAGCUCAUUCAAAACCAAGUGAUUAUCAAUUUAAAGUAACUCAACCAUAACCAUUUAAUUUUGAUAAAAGAGAAAAAGAACGUUCUCUAUCAAUUAGAGAAAGAAAGUUAUAAGAAAUGUUAGAAGAAAAGAAGAGAAAUAAUUCAUUUAAAAGUUUUAAGGCUAAAGAAAUACCUUAAAUUGUUAAAUAAGAUGGUCUUUAUGAAAAAAUUAUAAAUGAUAAUGAAAAAAGAAGAGAAGAAGUUAAAAAAAAUAGUGUUUAAAUGACUCUUAAAAAUGAAAGACCAUUUUCAUUUUAUAGAAGAGAUUAAAAUUCUUCAAAAAAACCAAGAAAAAAGUAUUGGGAAGAAAGAGAAAAAUUUGUUUUUAAGGCAAAAGCAAUACCUUGGCAUGUUCAUGUAGAAUUACUUAGAUAAAUGGAAUAAGAUGAAGAAACUAAAAGAAAGGAACGUAUUGCUAAACAUGCUUAAGAAUUAGCUAUGAGUUCUAGAAUGCCACCUAGAAUGGAAAUGCAUGAAAGAUAAAAAUAAGGGUAACCUUAAUCUCCAAAAUAUAUGAAAACUUAAAUUUCUUACAAAGCUAAACCCAUACCAGAUUUUGAUAAAUUACACUCAUCCUUUCAAGAUCAAUUAAAUCGAAAAAAACUAUAAAUGAGAACUACUGAACCUGAACCAUUUAAUUUCUAAUAAUCUCAUAAAGGUGUUGAUAGACCAUAUCUAGAUAGAGAGAAUGAAACAAAAAUAAAUACAGUUAAAGAGGAUAAAAUUGAAGAAGCUAGAAAAAAAAUGAGUAUCAAACCUGCUAGAUAACCACCUUCUACUAAAAAAUGGGAAAGUAAUUGUGAAUUCUUGAAAAAAGAGAGAAUCAAGAAAGCUGAAAAAUAAGAGCAAAUAAAAAAAGAAGAAUAAGAAAGAUUAGCUAGAAAAGAAAAAGUAUUUAUUUAUAUCUUAUAAUUCCAAGUUCAAAUAAAGAGUACAAUAAUCAGAAGCCAUUUAAGAUAAUUCCAAGAAACUUGAAUAAUAGAGGAAAGAUAGAAUUGCAUAAUUAAAAAAAGAAUCUAAAGAGUAGGAAAUGAAAUAAAAACAAAUUAUAGAAAGUUGUAAAAGGAAAGCUACUGAAUAACCAUUGCUUGUUGAAAGACGUAAUAUCAUUUAUAAAAGUAUGAUUAGCCACAAAAAGAGAUGUAUAAUUAGAGAAAAUGAAAUAAUUGAAUAAGAUUGACAAAAUGCUCAAGUAAAAUGGAGUUAUGAAUAGAGAUGAAUAUUUCAAUAAAGAAGAAAAAGCUAUGCUUGAUGAUAUACAUUAUUUAAAGAAACAUGGAUAUGAAGAUGAUUUUGAAAAAGAAUGA